UCAAAAACAAAAUCAAAAAUAAGCAGCCAUCAGAGAGUCAGCGCAUACACAACGUCCCACGCCUGUGGGGUUAAAUUGAUCAACGUUUUCUAACCAUUGUCUACUAGAGUGGUGAAUAUGGAGCGAGAAAUGUGAUGCACUAAUACCGAAAACGUGUUGAUGUACAAGAGCUUGCGACUUAAGGUUGGGUUUGUGUCAAACUUGUGACUACAUCGUAUUAGGCUGUGUCUUUCGGUGAUAAAGGUACGUCACACUCGUAUGACCAUAGUAAAAACAAACAGCAACUCUGCAACUAAAACUCAACACAAUGGCGCACAAUAGAAGAUCGUACUCCUCGGAAUAUGAUAACAACGCAAAAUACGUCUAUUACGGCAUGGACAUUGGCGACCGCUCAAAGACAACAUCACGUGACACUGCCGAGCAACUGCCACGCCCACAUGUGCUGGGCUUUGACAGUGAUGCCCAAUCUUCCGUGGGACGUCGGGCAUCGAAGGCAGAGCCUGACAGGGCAGAAAGCUACAGGCGUCCCUACAUUGUGGGGUACGACUACAACUCACAUGGGCACUUUUCAGAUCCUUACAGCCAGGAAAGUCCAACAACAUACGUUAACAUCGAUGCCGAAACGGUACAGCCCGACCAAAGGGAGAUUACCCACGAUGAAGGUUCGGCCAAAAAGCAGAAGAAAAAAGUUAGGCCGAAAAUUCAAGGUCUUUCAUAUAUCAUUGCAAAAUUUGCAGAUAUAACUUCCAUGAACGGGCCACCAUACAUUGUUCGGUCCAAGUCUUAUCUUUCAAAAGUUGCGUGGGCGAUUUUAAUGAUAGCGGCCUUUGGGGCUCUGGGUUGGAACUUAUCAAAUAUCUUCGGAAAGUAUCUUGAAGAAAAAAAGAUUUCAAAAGUUGAUAUUAAGUUCAGUUCCCUCCCUUUCCCAGCAGUGACAAUAUGCAACUUCAACAUCGCGAGACUUUCCCAGAAGCACUACUACGAGAUCACCUGGGAGAAAGAGAGCCAGGAGUCAGACUUCGACAAUGUCACAAAAAUGUUUAAAGAAUAUUUUCUGGAGUUAACUGAGUAA